AUGGAGUCCACCUCGGGUAGGGAGCUGGUGACAGUAGCUUCGUUAGAUUAUGGGGUCAGUCAUAGGGGAGAUUCCGAAGUUGAUAGGUACGCCAUGACCGAGGAGCCAGUAGAUCAUACCGAAGAGUGGAGGGCGUCUAGGGUGCCUUCAAGUAUGACGUGGAAGAGGUUGGGGGAGAUCAGGGAGAGAUACAGUGCCCCCCACACUAUAGAAAUAUUAGUUCCCGAGCCGAACGAGCGAGCCUGCUAUCCAAGGCCCAGUUGUGUGGCAGUCAGUGAAUACCUGUUUAAGGCAGAGGAGGGAAUACCAGCUCCAGAUAUGGCUUCUAUUCUGAAGGCCACAUCUACUGUCAAGGCGAGGCCCUUGAAGUCGGGGUCUAGUGGGGCCAAGGAGGUCCGAGGUAGGGUGGAACACCUUUCCAAGGACAGCACUUCAAGGGCUUCCGAAGAGGGGACUCAGAGGCAGGAAAAGCCAAAGGAGCCUCGGGGGAAAGAGAAGGUCCCUGAGGAGGCGAAGAGGAGGAAGCUGGUGCACGUCACCAGCUCAGAGGCUGAGGCUGAGGCUGAGGAGGCCAGAGAAGAGGCUGCAAGGAGAGCUGCCGAGGCUGCUGAGGAGGAGGCAACGAAACAGAAGCCUCUUCGAGAGAAGGACAAGUCUCCAAGCUUCCUAGCUAGUAGGGAGGAGACCUUGGCCUCAGCCUUGGUGGAGGAUCUACCCCAGGAGAUCCGGAGUUCGGAGGAGAAGAGGGCCUCCCUCGCAGAGGAGUUGAAGGCAGCUAAGGCCGAGGCAGAAGAAGGCAGGGCCCAGAAAGUUGAAGAAUUGGCCAAACUUGAGUCUGCCUUGACUCAGAUUGAGGCCUUGAAAAAGGAAGUGUACGAGUCACAGUGUGAGGUGGCCUCCCUGACAAAUAAGGUGGAGGUCUCCAAUGAGCACCAGAAAGUAACCGCCGAGGCCCUGGAGAAGGCAAAUGCCCACUUGGCAUCAUCCCAAGAGGCUUACCAGUUCUUGGAGGGCCAAGUCAAGUGGUAUGUGGAUGAUGCCUCCCACGCAAGAGAAGAGGCCCAAUAG